AGAAAUUAUUGUCAAUUUUUUAGCAUAGCCAGUUGGAUUGACAGUCUCUUGACCGUCCUUUUCUUUAUUAUUGCACUAUAUAUAAGUCAAUCACACUAAGCAAAAACCAUUCAUCAUCACAGCAAAAUUCCAAUUCAAAAAAGAACUCUAUUUCUCUCUAGCUAUAUCAGAGAAAAUAUACCAAAAUUAAAAGAUUAUACAAAAAUGGGUUGCUGGUCAGCUGAAAAUGCUACAAAUGCCUACCUCAAAACCUUGAGAAUGGGCCAAAAUGCAAAAGAACCAGACACAACUGAAUUCAUCUCAGCAUUAGCAGCGGGAAAUAAUGCACAGCUAAUGGUGGUGGCGCCAUGCGAAAACUCCGCCACCUCCGUCGUGCUAGCCCUAGUUGCUGCAGCUCAUCAAACCGGAGGCCGAGUAAUUUGCAUCCUUAACAAUCACCACCAGUUAGAAUCAUCUAAACAAACCCUAGGCGGCUUCGAAGCCUGUCCCGUCGAGUUUGUCGUCGGAGAACCUCAAAAUCUUCUAUUAAACCAUUACAGCGAAGCAGAUUUUGUGCUUAUAGAUUGUAACCUAGAGAACCACGAAGGCAUACUCGCCGCCGUUGAAGGAAGCAGUUAUAGAAAACGAAGCGGCGCAGUUGUUGUCGGGUAUAACGCGUUUGCCAACGGAUCAUGGUGGUCUAGUAGGGGAAAAACUCAGCUAUUGCCGAUCGGAGAAGGUUUGUUAGUGACAAGAGUAGCGGCGAAUAGUGGGAAGAUUGAUAGAAGUAAUAGCGGCGGUUUUGGUAAGAGAAUUAGUAGUCACUGGGUUGUUAAGGUUGAUGAAUGCACCGGUGAAGAACAUGUUUUCAGAGUCAGAGUGCCGCAAGGGAAACGGAUUGAAGCUUGAAAUAUUGUUUAUUUUGAGAUUCUGAUAAGAAUUUUGUUGGAAGCAUUAGUAUUAUGUUAGAGAAUUUUGUGAAAGCCAAUUUUAAAUGUAUAUAGUAAUAUAUGUAUACUUGUGCUACGUAUAAAGUAAUGGAAUUGGAGAGAA